UCAUGAGCGUCAUUUGUAGGUCUCCUCCUCUCAAUCACAACGUUCGUUCUGAUCUGCCACCUGUGGUUUGCCUGACUGCCUGCUGCUUUGUCGCUUCAUGUGUUCAUGUGAAGCGAAAUGUUUCUCCGCGCGACCGGAUGAUAAGACCAUAAUUCUCGUCUGAGCGCGUUAUUGAGGAUGAGGACGCUUUGCGGAUAGAUGCUCUUGUCUUUUUCUUCAUGAUCUUCUCCUCUUCCUCCGGCAACAUCUGAUGAACUUUUAAAUGCACUAUGUGAUUUGUGACACGGUCUUGAGAAGAAUAUCGAAAGCGAGAGUCGUUAUUUAUUUCCGCGAUGUCCAUCAAAAAAGCAACAAUUUUCACGGAGAAUGGGUUUAAAAACGGGACGUCGAGAAACAUGCUGGAGCGAUGCGCCUCGGUCAAUGAGUAUUUCGAUAUUGCCUUCAAGGUGAUGCUGCUGGGAGACUCUGCGGUGGGGAAGACCUGCGUCCUGGUGCGGUUUAAAGAUGGGGCCUUUCUGGGAGGCAACUUCAUUGCAACAGUGGGGAUAGACUUUAGGAAUAAAGUGGUCACUGUGGAUAACACGAAGGUCAAACUCCAAAUGUGGGACACGGCGGGUCAGGAGAGAUUCCGCAGUGUUACUCAUGCAUACUACAGAGACGCUCAGGCUCUGCUGCUGCUGUAUGACAUCACAAGAAAGUCCUCUUUUGACAACAUCAGAGCCUGGCUGACUGAAAUCUAUGAGUAUGCACAGAAGGAUGUGGUCAUCAUGUUGCUUGGCAACAAGUCAGACAUGGCUGCUGAGAGGGUCAUCACACACGAGGAAGGGCAGAAGUUGGCUAAGCAAUAUGGAGUUCCUUUCAUGGAGACGAGUGCCAAGACUGGUGUCAAUGUGGAACUAGCUUUCCAAGCCAUAGCAAGAGAACUAAAGCAAAGAGGUGCCCAGCAGCCCCACGAACCCAAGUUCAAGAUCCACGAUUACAUCGAGUCACAGAAGCAGAAGUCCAGCUGCUGCAGCGGCCUCAUGUGACGUCCUUCAGCAUCUUCACAUUGGUAUCCGCAGAGGGAUAUUUGUAUAGAACGAUGUGUGUGAAUUUGCAUUGUUUCGGUGUAUCCACUCCCCUAAAUCCCUGUUUGCUUUUAAGGAAUAUACAGCCAAAUACUUCUGAAGGUACAUGACGGUGAUAAGAGUUUAUGGAGGCGAUGUGUAUUUAUCCAGGUGUCUGUUUGUGUAAUGUGAUGAACAGGCUUCUCUGAUGAUUUUGGUCUCUUAUCUGCAUAAAGUAUAAAUGUUAUUACUAAAUCAGUUAUAUGCCACGCAAAUGUGCUCUUUCUGGGCAGUGAACUUGUGUCUGUAGAGUGUUUUUUAGAGUGUCGAAAUGUUCGCGUAUGGUUAAAUGUAUGUUUACAAUCAGUAUAUAUUGACUUGAAAACAAUCAUAGCACAGCCCGACCAACUCAGGCCUGAAUUUAACUCUAUAUUGGUUUGUUUUGGGCUUUGCAUAUGUACGAGCAUGUUACAGAGUCAUACUUCAUGCCAUCAUGAAGUACAUGAAUCUGCUACAUACAUGAAAACAUAAAUGUAAAAUAAUGUUUUGAUUGUGUUGAUUCAUCCAAAUGCUUUACGUUCGACAUAACAAAGUGCCAUGGGGAGAUCCAUUGUCAUGACAUAAUACAGCUUUUUGUAAUAGAGAGCAUUUUGGUUUCAAUUUUUCAACAUUAAAAGCCACAGGGUGGCAGUAUUACACACUGCGAAUUACAAAUAAAAAAUGAGCUUUACAAUUUAAUUGUUGCCUUACUUUUCAGAUCUAUAUUUGCCCUGUAGUUGUAAGCGGAGUAAAUAACUUUCAGUGGACAUGAGGUUAAAUGAGUUGGAAUUGUAUUUGAAUGAUGAAAUGCCAUCUGUACUUUACUCCUUGUACGUUAUUUCCAUAAAAAAAUUUACUGAAUGAAUAAAUGUAAAUGUGAUUUGA